CCGGAUGUUGUGGCCGGCGGGGGCGGGGGGAGGCGAAGAUGGCCGAGGCCGAGGAAGCCGCGCCGGCGGCCGGACGGGUUGGGCGGGCUGGCCGUGCGUCGCCGGGGCGAGGGGAGAGGCGGCGGCAGGUGGAGGCGGCGCAGCGGGCCCUGCUGACGCUGCUGGGACCCUACGAGCCGCUGUUGAGCCGGGUGCAGGCGGCGCUGGUGUGGGAGCGUCCGGGAACCAGCGCCCUUUGGUGUCUGGGCCUCAACGCCGCCUUCUGGUUCUUGGCGCUGACGUCGCUGCGCCUGCUGUUCCUGCUCGCUUUCAGCCUGAUGCUCGCCGUCUGCCUCGACCAGUGGAAGACCAAAAUCUGGCCCCAGAUGAAAGUGGGCCGGCCCAGCAUAUCAGACAGUGAGAGCUGGGGUUUCGUGCACCCUCGGCUGCUCAGCCUGCCCGAGCUGUGCCGCCACGUGGCCGAAGCCUGGGUCAGCGGCACCGCCUUCCUAAGGAGCCUCCUGCUCUUCAAGAGGCAGAACCCGGGCAAGUUCUGCCUGCUGAGCUGUGGGAUCCUGACGUUCCUGGCCACCCUGGGCCGCUACAUCCCCGGCCUCCUGCUCGCGUAUCUCCUCCUUGUCAGCGCCCUGCUGUGGCCGCUGGCCAUGUACCACCGCCUGGGACCACGGCUCUACUCGUGGCUGGAGCCCGCUCUGCACAGGCUGGAUUUCAGCGUCCGAGGCUACGUCAUGUCCAAGCAGAGGGAGAGGCAGUUGCGUCGGCCGGCCUUGCAUCCUGAGCACGCCCUGGGAGACACGAGCGACAGCGAAGAAGAGCUCGCUGCCUUCUGCCCGCAGCUGGACGACUCGACCGUGGCCAGGGAACUGGCCAUCACGGACUCGGAGCACUCGGACGCUGAGGUCUCCUGCACGGAAAAUGGCACGUUCAACCUGUCACGGGGCCAGACUCCACUGACCGAGGGCUCCGAAGACCUGGAUGGUCACAGCGACCCCGAGGAAUCGUUCGCUCGCGACCUGCCUGCAUUCCCGUCCGUCACGGCGGAUGCCACCGGGCUGGACGACGAGGACGACGCCAGCCUCGGUCUCCCCAGCCCGGCCGCUCGCCCCCCACUGCCUCCGCCGCCGCCGCGACCCCAGGGCGCGCGGGGCCCCUACCCGCUGGGCGAGGCCACCUUGCCCGAGCUCCUGCUGCAGGCCCUGCCGGCCGGCACCACCCUGCCCGGCCACCUGGCCAGCCUGGUCUCGCAGAGCGUUCUGCAGCUCGCCCUGGCCGGGGCCGCCCAGCCCCCGGGCCCCCUGGCAGGGCGGGGCACGGCCGGGGACUUCCUGCCCGCCCCCGGCUCCGACCUGGACACCGACGCCGAGGGAGACGACUUCGAGCUGCUGGACCAGGCGGAGCUGAACCAGCUGGACCCGGCCGGCUCGCGGGGGCACUGACGUGGGCUGAGGGCCCUGGGCCUGCUGGGUGGCCAGGGGGAGGCCGGCGUGCCCGCUCUUGCGCUCCCUCGCCUGGGGGCCGGGCGGGCGUGUGGCCUGCCCUGUUCUAUCCUGCUCUGCUCACCUCUGAGCAGAGCCCCGGCCCGGCCGGGAGUCCCACCUCCUGGCAGGGCCACCGGGCCGCCGGCGUGGCCGGGAGUUCCGCUCCUCAGGCCGUCGGCGUGACCGGGAGCUCUGGCUCCCCGGCGCGAGGAGCCUCGGGACGCCGGAACCACGUUCACCUUCCACCGGCCCAUUCCACCCCUCCGGUCGGCAGAGCCGGUGGCCGUCGGUGCUGUGCCUACUGGGGCUGCGCCGGUGUGUUCUCCGCCACCGUGCCUCCCCCUGCCCUGCGUAUCUGCCGGGUGGUCGGGCCUAGCGGAGACCCCUCUUCCUGCCCCUCCCACCUUCUUUUGGGCCCCACUGCCCGGGCAGAGCAAUACACUGGGCGGCGUCGGGCAGACCCGCCCGGGGCCAGACCGCCUCGCACCUUACAUGCCUCGGGCCAGAGCCAGGCCCACUGAGCCUCCUCCUCCUCCUCCUCCCCCGGAUUGUGCACUUGCUCCUUCCUCUGAGCCGGCCCCGACUGACUGGACUUGCCUCCCCGCUUCCUCCCUCCGUUGCGGGAGGCUGUUAGGGCAGAGCCCCCUGCCGACCUCGGGUCAGCGUGGCCAGGCGCGCUGGCUCCCGGGAAGGGGGUCUGCCCCCCGCCUCCUAGGCUGACGGGCAGCCGGACGCAGGAGAGGCCUUCAGCGUCACCACGCCUGGCCACGCUUGCCCCGAUUCCUGCCGGCAGUUUCCUCCGGCGACACCCUGAACCUUAGGGGCCGGCUUCGGUCUGGCCGGGAGCACCUGGCUGGGGUCACGUCGGAUCACCGUCCCCCAGGCCUCCAGGUGGCCGGGGCGUGCCGGGGGAGCGAGGCGGGCAUCAAGGCCGUGCCAGAGACGGAAAGGAAACUGAGCCUCCACUCACCAGCCCCCAGCCCCGGUCGGGAAGGAAUUGGGGUUUUAAUGUCAAAAUGAGGGUGGGGGGGAAGGGGACACGUUUUCUACGUCUGCAUGAGCGAGGGUGGCUCUGGGCUCCCCCACCUCGGGGUGGGGACUGGAACAUGUCAAUGGUAUGGUCCGAGUUUGGGGUGUGAUGGGGCGGGGGUGGGGGGCACCUCCUCCCGGCGGAGAUGCUCUCGGAAUCUCCCCUCUGCCGGGAUCAGGGUGUCAGGGAAUAAAUAUUACCAACUGAACCUUUGA